UGCGCGCAGACAGAGCCAGGCUCGGCAGGCAUGCGAGAGCCAGGGGCCCAGGAGGAGCCCGAGGGCCCGGCCGCCGCCCGGCCGCAGAAGGCAGCGCCCCCUGGGGCGGAGGAGCCCGAGGCUCGCUACGACCCGUACGAAUGGUACAACGUGCGGGAGUGGAGCGGGCCGCGGGGCCCGGGCUCCGGCGGGAAAGGCCGCAGCCGCCGGGAGCGGGAGCUCCGCACCAACCGCUACCUCCCCGCCGGCCACGAGAGGAAGCUCGCCCAAAAGCUGCGCAACAGCCAGGCCAAGCGGCGCCGCCGGGAGCAGCGCGGGCCUCGCUCCACCCGGGCCGGGAGGCGCAGCGCCAGGGCUGAAUAGAGGACCGGAUGUUAAACCCCUCCACACAUUCCUACUGCUCUUCCCCUUAGGAAGAGGGAGCUCUGCUCAGGAAUGCUAUGCAAUGGGAUCUCCUUAACCUCACCUGUUGCACUGUUUAAAUACCAUGUCUUGUAGGACAAAUAAGUGACAUGUUUUUCAAUAAGACCAAGGUCCUUGGUACAUUUUUUGCCUCAUCUUGUGUUAUUUUAUGUAAUGCCAACAGUAUGCUAAGCACUUUACAGACAAGUAAGAAGCUAGGCUUUCUGAAUUAGAGACUUUACAUUUGAAUAAAGACUGGGAGUGGAUGGGUCAUUACACAAAGUAAAAACUAUUCCACCCCCCCCCCCAACCUUCUUGUCAACUGUUUGAAAUGGGCCAUCCUGAUUGUCACUACAAAAGGUUUUUUUUUCUCCUGCUGAUAAUAGCCGUGUUAGUCUGUAUUCAUAAAAAGAAAAGGAGUACUUGUGGCACCUUAGAAACUAACCAAUUUAUUUGAGCAUGAG